AUGGAAAUAGAUAUUGCAGGAGAUAAUCCUUAUACAGCUUCAACUGGUCUUUUAGAAUUUCUAUUUCAUGUAUACGAUAACCCAGAUAGAGGUACAGGGAUUUAUGUUUUAGUAGCUAGAUCAAGAAAUCUUUUAGGUCAACGAUUACCUGAAGCUUUGGCACAUAAUGCAGUAGGUAAACAACUCAAUUUGCUUGGUAAAUAUCCAAUAGCAAGUGAUAUUGCUCCACUGAUUUUAUUUGCUUGUAUAUUUGGUGUGAUUGUGAUACUACAUUUGGCAAUAUUUCUAAUUAAUUUGAAUAGGGGCCAUUAUUUCUUAUUGAAUGCUAUUUGGUCUUUUAAUUCUUUGGUAAGAAUGGUAUCAUUUAUUUUACGAGCAACAUGGGCUCAAGAUAUUACUUGGGCUAGAGAAGGAAUUGCUAAUGAAAUUUUAUUCAUACUUCCAUCAAUUUUAUUGGUCUCCACAAACCUUAUUCUUGCUCAGAGAUUGUUUACUUGGAGACAUCCUGUUGGAGGAUCUAGAAGACUAUUUUGGAUUGUCAUGAUUGUAUUGUAUGUUUUGGUUGGUGUGUUUACAACAAUUGCAAUUGUAGCAUCUGCUAUUCCAUACUUAUACUUUCUUUCAACGAAAAGAUUCAUUCUUUAUAUAAAUUUGAAUCGUUGGAUAGUGGUUAUGGUUAUUGUAUAUACUUUAACUGCUUCUAUUUUAAUUGGUUUAAGUUUUUGGUUUCCAACUAAGAACGAUGAGAGGUUAUAUACUUAUCAACCAUGGUGGAUUGAAAGUUUCUCUCCAUUAUAUUUUGUUGAAAAAGGUGCUGCCCAAAAAGCUGAAGAGACAUUUAUGAAAAGAAAUUCAAAUCAUCGACAUGCUAUUAGAGUUAUUGCUGCGACUCAUCAUCAUUACAAAAUGGUUAAAGGUUUAUCAAAUGAAAGAGGGGACUUAAAGCAUAAUAUUUCUUUAAUAAUUAUCAUCGUAUCAACAGUUUGUUUAUUCAUAGCCUCAGUGCUUAGAUGUAUUGUUGUUAUCCAAGCAAGGACAAACUGGGAUAGUGGUCCAGCCUCUGUUCCUGUUGCUAUGUAUUUUGCAUGGGGUGUCUUUGAAGUAAUCAUCAAUGGUUUAUUGAUUGUUGGAAGAGCAGACUUGAGAUUUUAUAGACCAGAUAUACUUCCUGCUGCGGUUCGAGCAAUUGUUACUUCUGAGCAAACCAACGUUCUUCCAAGUGCAGCGGUAAGUGAAGAUGAAUUAGAAGAUGAUACUGAAGACGACCUUGAAAGUGCAAGUGUUGGCUAUUAUUCUGAUCGUGCCAAUGACGAUGGACUUUAUUUUGGAACCAUCAAUACCACUCCUGAUAAAGAUAGCGACAAGACUACUUUGCCACAAGACUGGAAAUCCGAAAAGAGUUAUGGAACAGAUUAUUCAGAGUUUAAAGAUUUUAUAUAUACCCCAACAAAUGAAAAGCAAAAGGGAUACCAUCUGGAUGACGAGUUCCAGUUCUAG